AUGCGCCCCACGACCUCCCGUCACUCUGCCAGCCCCCCUACCGUCCGUCUGGGCGAUGGCAGUCUUGCUGUGGCGGUGCAGAUGCGGGCGCGGGCCCGAGCAAUCCUUCAACAAGAAUCGAGGCGCGUCCGCGUCCGCGUGCGCCCCUUCUCUUGGAGAUCCAAAUACUCGGGACAAUCUGUGAAAGCAAUGCCCAUGCGUUUGUUAACGGUUGGAAAGAAGAGGUCUCGGGGGACACAACUCCUUGUUGAAGAAUACAAGGAGAAGCUCGGUUACUAUUGCGACUUCGAGGACACACUUAUCAGGUCCAACCCAAAACUUACAAGUGAUGUAAAGGUGCAAGUUGAAGCAGAAGACACGGCUAUGAUGCAGCAACUCAAGUCUGACUAUUUUGUGGUUGUGUUGGAUGAAAAUGGGAAGGAUGUCAUAUCCGAGCAGAUAGCUGAUCUGAUUGGGGAUGCUGGCAACACAGGAUCAUCAAGGCUCACAUUUUGUAUUGGUGGACCAUAUGGUCUCGGGGCACAAGUGCUAGAGCGUGCAGAUGCAACAAUUAGGCUGUCCUCACUAGUUUUGAACCAUCAAGUUGCUCUGAUAGUUCUAAUGGAGCAGCUCUACAGGGCAUGGACUAUAAUAAAAGGACAGAAGUAUCACCAUUAG